CGGCGGCGACCGGGGGACGCGCAUCCCUCGCCGCGGCUCCCGUCCUGCGCCUCUCACCUGCCGGCCGCUCCCGGAGCCGCGAGGGCGCACCCCAGGGGCCCGCCCUCGGGCGCGUCGCUGCUGCUGGUGGGGCCCGCGGUGAUAAAUGAUAGAGGAUACGAUGACUUUGCUCUCGCUGCUGGGUCGCAUCAUGCGCUACUUCUUGCUGAGACCCGAGACGCUCUUCCUGCUGUGCAUCAGCCUGGCGCUGUGGAGUUACUUCUUCCACACGGACGAGGUGAAGACCAUCGUCAAGUCCAGCCGGGACGCCGUGAAGAUGGUGAAGGGCAAGGUGGCCGAGAUCAUGCAGAACGAUCGGCUCGGAGGGCUGGACGUGCUGGAGGCCGAGUUUUCCAAGACCUGGGAGUUCAAGAGUCACAACGUGGCGGUGUACUCCAUCCAGGGCCGGCGGGACCACAUGGAGGACCGCUUCGAGGUUCUGACGGAUCUGGCCAACAAGACGCACCCGUCCAUCUUCGGCAUCUUCGAUGGGCACGGCGGCGAGACUGCAGCUGAAUAUGUAAAAUCUCGACUCCCAGAGGCCCUUAAACAGCAUCUUCAGGACUAUGAAAAAGACAAAGAAAAUAGUGUACUGUCUUACCAGACCAUCCUGGAACAGCAGAUUCUGUCAAUUGACCGAGAAAUGCUAGAAAAAUUGACUGUCUCCUAUGAUGAAGCAGGGACAACGUGUUUGAUUGCUCUGCUGUCGGACAAAGACCUCACGGUGGCCAACGUGGGCGACUCACGAGGGGUCCUGUGUGACAAAGACGGAAACGCCAUCCCCUUGUCUCACGAUCACAAGCCUUACCAACUGAAAGAAAGAAAGCGCAUCAAGAGGGCCGGUGGCUUCAUCAGUUUCAAUGGCUCGUGGAGGGUCCAGGGGAUCCUGGCCAUGUCUCGAUCCCUGGGGGACUAUCCGCUGAAAAAUCUCAACGUGGUCAUCCCAGACCCAGAUAUCCUGACCUUUGACCUGGACAAGCUGCAGCCCGAGUUCAUGAUUUUGGCGUCAGAUGGCCUGUGGGAUGCUUUCAGCAAUGAAGAAGCCGUUCGGUUUAUCAAGGAGCGGUUGGAUGAACCUCACUUUGGGGCCAAGAGCAUAGUUUUACAGUCCUUCUACAGAGGUUGCCCUGAUAACAUUACAGUCAUGGUGGUGAAGUUCAGGAAUAGCAGCAAAACGGAAGAGCAGUGAGCCCGUCGGGGCCUCGGCUGCUUAGACUGAAGGACUUCCGGCACACUGCUCCCGUCAUCGCAGCGCAAGGUGUGGGACUUGUAAUUAGGAUCAUCACCCCGACACAGCCCCCUGCCUGGUGGUGUUAGGUCUGUGCUCACGACGAGCAGAGGGUGCCCCCGGCCAAUGUAGUUGCGAGACUGGAAAGUGUUUCCGUUGUGUUUUCCCAGCUCUUUCACCCAAGUCCAGAAUAUAUAAAUAGGUAGUUCUAGAUCCCCACACGAGGUGCAUGUUAGAUGUGCCAUGGAUUCUCCUUUUUUAAGAUUCUUUUUCAGACCCCGCGCAGCUUCUCCAGGCCCCGACCUUCGGGCCACUCCUCCGUGGUGGGCAAGGCAGGCCGCCUACAAGAGACAGACCGCCGUGUCCCUUGUGAGUCAGGGGCGAGGCAGCAGCAGCCCUGCUGAGGGGCGGAGCGGUGCUGGAGUGCUUCGUCCUCCUGCCCGGAGCAGACUGGGAACGCUUUGUCCUUCGUGCGCCGCGCCUGGAGCCUGAGGGAGGCGGGGAGAGGAGGUCGGAGAGCUGCCGCACCGCAGAAGUAACGCUCCCCCUCGGUCCCUGUGUUAGGCAGUAACUCGUGUCCCACCUUUGUGUGUUCCUUCCCGGCCGGCAUGACUUCACCCCGUGCUGACACCUUCCUGUGUGCGGUAGGCAGCUGUUCACUUCAACAGACGCUGCAGCUUACCUCGUGUCUUACCAAGAAACCGUACUGGGGGGAACAAAGCAGCGGAUCACAAUGCCAAUCCCUCCGUCUUUAAGGGUAGGAGGAGGAAAACUGGUGCAUGUUUCCCACUGCCCCUUGGAAAGUGGGCUGUUCGCCCUGGAAGGGAAAGGAGUGAGCUGGUGAGAUGACGACCCUGCUGGGAGCGCCAGCUCCUUCCCUGCGGCUUCCCCCUCCCAAGCUUAGGAGCUUUCAGAUGUCUUUCGAGCAGCUUUGGAAGCAGCAGCGCCUUGGAAAUGCAGUGUGUACCUUGAAACCGGUGUGGCUCCCCGCCAUCAGAGUUCAGGGUUCGGUGGUGAGCUGCGGCAACCGGUUCCCACCAGCAGAGAGCCCGUGGCCUCUGUACUUGGUAAGGAACCUCUGCCCACGCCGAGAAGCCUUCCCCAGGCCGGGGCAAACUGCUCCGCAUGGCCUGAGAGGGACCCCGAGGGGUGACUUGUGUAAAGUGGUAGCAAAGGUGGCUGGGAAUUCAGACAAGACCCCACAUUUCUCAGUGGGCUGGAGCUGUUCUAGAGCCUGGCUGUCUUACUGCCCUUCCUUUCCUACCAUCAAAAUUACCUUUUUUUCCUGGCCUCAGUAUUUUAUAUAUUAAUUUAUAGAAAAUUCUGGGCCAUCUUUUUUGUCUGCCUGAGGCAACUCAAACAACCACACAAAAUUUUUGUUGUAUUCCUACCCCGGGAUGGUUUUGUGCUGACCGGGCCCUCGUCCUUGUGCGCUCUGGAAGGCCUGCACACCGGCCACCUCCAGCCCAGCGUCCCAGACCUCUGCCUCUUCACUGCAGGGCUUCCCAAAGCUGCGCCCGGGGCGGACUCGGGAGAUUGAAGGGUUUAACCCGCGCUGCUAAGGACGACAGUCUGUCUCGAUUCUUCCAAGAACUUACCUCCCUUCAAUGGCAGUGAGAAUUAAUAAUGGUUUCCCAAGAGAUUUGCUUUCUUUUGUAUACUAUAUUUUCCAGCGUUAGAAUUAGAAUCUUGGUUAUUGAUUUUUUAGCCCUGAAAUGUUUUAGUACCCAUUUCGGGUACACAAACAUUUGGAGGUUUGUACUGCACUUGCGGACGGGAAGGGGACUGUGGGACACAGUGCCAGCUGUGGUCAGUAGUCGUGACGACAGUCAGGCCAGGUGCGGAGUGCAUUGGAGACUUAGGAUAUUCUGAUUCUGGCGUCCCCGCUGCCCCCCUUCUCAUUGUCCUGCAUUUUCUGCCCACAGUCAACUUUCCUUUUUUUAUUUUCACUUAACACAAAAAGCAUAAUAAUAAAGGAAAGAUGUGCUUUAAUUCCACAGUCAUUUUUAAUGUCUAAAAUAAAAAUAAUAAAGUUUUGGUGAAGUUGAAAAAAGAAAAGCUACCAAAUUAGGAAAUUAGUGUUUAUUUGCCAAGCAAAAUUUCUAAACAUAGUGCUGACUGCACAAGUUACAUAACUUUGCGAGUGAGGUCCAUAAGGCAUCUUGUAAGUUUUAGUUUGUAGAAUUAAUUUAUUUGUAAUUUUACUCAAACAGUGUAUAUCUUACACUUUUUCCUCUAAUACGACUUGUAGACUUUUUAAAGAUAGACGUUCUAAGCAAAAUAUUAGCAGCUUGAUGAAUAGUUCCAUAUCAAAUCAGAGCACUCUGAUCCCUUCCCGGUGCUCUGCAGCCGUCCCGCUCGCCCUUCCCCGGCUGCCGGGCUGGGCUGCCCUGUGGGACGCUGGCGGAGAAGCUGAUUUUUCAGAGGUUUGCGCGUGAAGCUUCCCUGAACAGCACUGCCACAGCUUUGGAAGUGUCGCCCGAGGCUGCCCAGACUCCCAGCUGGUCUGAGUUCGAAUUGCCAAUAGUGCAAUGGUGCCAAAUUUUGGGAUGGUUCUGCAGUCUUAGGAAGGAAGCUGGGGAUGACUACCUGCUUACAAGCCCCAGCACGACGCCAAGCCCGGAUCCCCGAGACGCACUGCUCUGCGGCUGCUCCCCUGGCAACGUGUACUCUUGAAAUGGGAUGGGGUAGGGCGGGGCGGGGGCCCGGGGGCAAGAUUUUUCAAUUCACUGUAUUUGUAGUUCUUUAAUGAUAGGAAUAAACUAUACUUAUCUAGAAUGUUUCAAAACUAGAUCCCAAGACCUGCAUUUUUUAUGUGACCAGCUUGCCUGAGACGUUAACUGGUCUUUGUCCUAAUGCACGUCGGUGUGCGUAUGUGCUCGUUAUUAGACCCCAGUGGCCACGUUCUCUCUUGCUGUGGACUGAAGGCACUGGCCUCUUGAAUCUUGUGUAUGUCAAGAGUAUCACACAGAGAUUGAUAUAUUAGAGCAGCGUAUACAGCUGUAUAAUUUAAAACAUGCCUUAUUCCGUGCAAGUGGAAUGACUCUGAUAUUUUGCGCAAACGACAAACAGGACUGCAUGACAGUGAUGGCCUCAUCGUUUCAGUCCUAUCGAAGGCGGUUCUAGGGACAGGUUACACUGCUGGGUUGGAUCAGUAGGCUAUUUGGGAGCUCAUGAAGGAUCUACAAAGGGAAUGAUAACUUUGUCCUUUGCCAGGCAUACCUUUCUUUUCCUGAUUUUUUUCUUCUUGAAUUGUUGGCCGAUUUAAUUCUCUGGAAACUAUGUCAAUAGGACAUUUACAUUCAAAAAAGGGCAACAUUUCACUGUACAUUUGAAUGUGUAAGAAUAUAUAAUUUAUAUAAAAUUUAGUUUUCAGUAAUUUCAGAAAUUUUUUUCCUCCUGUUGACCUACCAUUAGACUGAUCUUCCCUUAAUAGUCUACCCACAUUGCCUUAGCGUGCCACACCAGCACUCCUGAUCCAGCUCCGGAAACGUGACAGGACACAAAUCAUCACCCCGACUUCGGAGCUAGUCUGCUGCACACUGCAGGAGUAGGAGCAUCCCGUUCCGCGAAGUGUGUUCCACAGAACACGAGUUCCAAGGGUUCUCUUCCCCAAAAGCAGGGUUUCAGGGUCAGAGAUCUUUGGAAACGUACUCUGAGAAAGUGUAUAAGCUCACUGAAAUCCCUGUUCACAUACCCUUCGGAGGAGAGGCGAACACCAUGUGAGGUGUUAGCUCAGUGCUUUCCACAUCAGUCUGACCACCGAAGUUUUUGCGUGGCACCUGAUUACAUUCUGAGGAACUCCUGUUUCCACGUAACUCGCUUUGGAAGCCUCUGGGCUACUGAAAUAGUUUUGUUUUCUCAUCCACCAUGACUCUUAGAAGUAGCAGUACAGUUCGCGUCUUAGAAGCGCUAGUCUUUUCACCUAAGCAGAUGACUUGUAACAGAAGCAGUGUUAAAAACAUAGAAUUUAAUAUGACUACCGGUGGCCUCACAUUGGCAACAAAAGUCCAACAACUGUACUUGAAACUGUGUAGAGAUACCGUCUCCCUCCACGCACGUGAAUGAGAACUAGCCAGGCAGUUCUCACAUUCGUUGCAGAAGCUUUCAGUUUCCCUUUAAAUUCUAUCCUUGCUUCCCAGAUGCUAUCAAAAUAUUUGUUUCAUCACAAUGUGAUAAUAAAAACGAGAGGAAAUAAUAAAACAGGAAAAAUACACAUUUAGUUUUCAUUCACUUUUGAAAUUUUAACUAGAUUCUUUUAAGUUAUCUGUUGUAUAAUAAUAGAAAUGUAAACUAUUUAUUCCUUCCUCCAUUCUCUCCAUAUCUAGUGAAGUAAUCUGAAAUCAGCUAGGGUUCCCGUGUCCUAAAACUCCAGCCCAGUGUCAUCCUGCCUUUCACAUUUGUGUCUGUAGUUAAGUCUGGCAAGUUACUGCUUGCCUAAAGUGUAAGGCUUGACUGUGAUAGCUUCCUGACAGCCCCUGUCCGCCUGAGCAGUUUGUUUGGGAAGCUAUGACGGGUAACCCCCAAAUAACGGAUGAAAAAUUACGGUGGAGUGAAGUUGAGGUAAAGACGUUAAUGUAAAGUUAUGUUCAUAUAUUUGGGAAUAUGCCCACCUUCUGGACAUUAUCUAAAACACUAAAAACUAAAAAUAAAGGUGCAGACUGCAGAGAGAAGGGACAGGCGGUACUGUGAGGCUUUCAUUUGACCUAUGUUUCAAAGUAUGUUCGUAAUAUGUAAAAUUUCUGCUGAUUCUCAGUAAUACUGCUUUGUCUCGUGUUUGUUCUUCUCACCGCUGUUAAACUAGGAGUUAAUUACGAUCAUUUUUAUGUGUGUAGUAAUGACUACAGCAUCACAUGUACAAUCAUUUUAAUAAAUCCAAGUUAAAUACUUUCAGGAUGACAUGUAGUAACUUCAUUUUGACAAACCCACAUAGGUAUUUCCACGGUUCAGAGCUGCUCCGGAAAGGGAGCAUGAAGCACAGAAAUGGAUUACACUUGGAGAUGCAGUUCCACCACUUCUAGGAGGCCUGUAGUCUGCAUUAACCACAGAAUAAACCCUUUCUGACACUUGCCAAAUCCAAAUUAAUUUUGAAAACCUCCGGGGACCAGCACCGCUCGGUCUGGGCACAAGCAGAUUACUCUGCAGGCUCUGGUGGCCGGGAGGGCUUGUGGGGGAUGUGGAGGGAGAAGGAGCCCUGCCCGGGUUACCGCCGGCCGUGCUAGCGAGGGCGGCUUCGGCCACACCUUCCCUCAUCCUCUGCGGUCAUAAGACAGUUCACAAAUGUGACUAUGCAGAAGCAAAGGUAAAAGUCAAGAAGUUGGGGGUACAGGUAGAUAUAGGAUAAGCAGACAUGAAAAUAUGAAAGUUCCUUAUCAGAAGUGUGGAUUACUAGAGUUUUACCACAUAUAGGCUGUAUUUAUAGUGAAUUUUGAAACCUGCACAUAGGUCAGUAGAAGGCAAGUGUUACCACUCAAGAAAUUAGCCAGUACUCUAAAAAGAAGUCUGUUUUUUAAAUAGUGAAAGGGGGUAAAAUUAUAGUCCUACUCCACUUUUUUCCCAAAGAGGAAAGAUAAAUGGUCUCUCUCUUUUUUUUUUUUUUUUUUGGUACCAGGAAUCGAACUCAGGACCUUGUGCUUGCCAGGCAGGCGCUUGUGCCACUGAGCUAUAUCCCCGGCUAAUCUUCUCUUUGUUGCUAUCUUAAACACCUUUUCUGUUCUAUGUUCCAUUCACUUUCCAAAUGUGGUUUUGCCCUGUGUCUUUAGAAUUUUUGCAUUUUCAAAGAGGAAAUCCCCCCUUUUUUAGAAUUUUAAAAUAUACUAAAAUAAACCAAGUGGUUAUUUUCUCAUUUUAGAAUGCCCAAUAAAACUGAAAUCUUAUCACCUUAGUCACAGGUACAACUAAAAGCCUUUAAAUAUCUUGGUAAUUUUCAGAUCCCAAUGUAAAUAACAGCAAGUACCCAAUUUAUAACAGACAACUUUAUGAAAAUGAACUGCAGGGUAAUUUAAUAUUCUUGUUUCAUAUAAUGCAAAGAGACGUGUUGUUCAUUUUUUUGGUUGUUGUUCAUUUUUGAAAAAUGAGUACUGUAGAAGGGAUUACUAAACAUCUCCAACCCAAGAGAAUGAUGCCUCUCAUAUAAAUUUUAAAUUCUCAUCAUUUUAAUGGACACAGUGAAAGAAUCCUGCCACACAGGGAAAAUCUAGCAUCUUGGGACAUUAUUUAGACUCCAAAGCUACAAUUAAACAGGCUUUGUGUGUUUAUCAUUUUGACUGUCCUUUUAUCUCAGGCGUAUGUAUAUUCAGAAAGUGGAAUAAUAAAUACAACAGUGGAAAUGCC